AUGCUAACAAUGUCCACACUCAUGAUGCCAGCCGCGACUAUGACUACAAUGACUAACGCCGGACCGAUACCUGUAGCCGCAGCUAAUAAACUAGAACCGAAGUUACUCCAGUUGCCCCACCCAGCGUUGAUGCCCCAAAUACAACAUCAACAGCCGCAACAGCAUCACCAUCAGCAUUCACACGGCAACAACAAUAAACUUGAACACUACCACAUCUUCGUUGGUGACCUGAGUCCGGAAAUCGAGACGCAAAACCUUCGAGAUGCUUUCGCUCCUUUUGGCGAAAUAUCGGACUGCCGCGUCGUGAGAGAUCCACAAACGCUAAAAUCGAAAGGAUAUGGCUUCGUCUCCUUCUUAAAGAAAUCGGAGGCAGAGUCUGCGAUCACGGCGAUGAAUGGUCAGUGGCUGGGCUCAAGAUCCAUCAGAACGAACUGGGCUACGAGGAAACCUCCGGCGCCCAAAAAUGAACUGAACUCAAAGCCACUCACCUUCGACGAGGUCUACAACCAGAGCUCACCGACCAACUGCACGGUCUACUGCGGCGGUCUGACCACCGGUCUUACGGAGGAACUCAUGCAGAAGACCUUCCAGCCCUUCGGUACCAUUCAGGAGAUCCGUGUGUUUAAGGACAAAGGAUAUGCUUUUAUAAGAUUCUCAACAAAAGAGAGUGCGACCCAUGCUAUCGUCGCUGUUCAUAACACUGAUGUCAACGGGCAACCAGUUAAGUGCUCCUGGGGCAAGGAAUCCGGGGACCCAAACAACGCUCAAACACAAGGACAGCUCGGCGGUACAGCGUACAGCCCAUUCGGAGCGUACACCGGAGGCGUUCCCCCCGCGUCGUACUGGUACAAUACAUACCCUCAGCAACUGGGAGGGUUCCUGCAAGGCGUGCAAGGUGUCCAGGGCUACUCCUAUGCGGGCCAGUUCGCGGGCUACCAGCAACAGUAUAUGGGUAUGGGAGGAGUCCAGCUCCCGUGGGCUCUAGGUGGCGGUGUUGGCGGAGUAGGAGGAGUGGGAGGGGUCGCUGCUAUGUCCCAACCACCUCAAGUGCUGCACUACCCAGUUCAGCACUUUCAAGUUCAACCAAUCGGAGAAGAUGAAUGGCUGGCACCGAGUUUGCUUGUGUGA